AUGGCCCAUGUUGUCUUUCAGACCAACAAUCUCAAGCCAAUGGUGGAGUUUUACAAGAGGUUCUUGAACGCCCAUGCAAGCUAUGAGAAUGACUUUGCGUGCUUCCUCACCUAUGACGAGGAACACCAUCGCGUCGCCAUCGUCCAGAUUCCAUCCUUGGGCCCAAGAGACCCAAAGGCCGCCGGUCUGCAGCAUAUGGCCUUUACGUACAACUCCCUCGACGACUUCGCCAACGCCUAUCUCCAGCGCAAGUCCAACGGAAUUGAACCCGUCUGGUGCGUCAACCACGGGCCGACCACGAGCAUGUACUAUGACGAUCCAGACGGGAACCGUACCGAGAUUCAGGUGGACAAUUUCGACACCGUCCAAGGGGCCAGUGAAUUCAUGGCUUCGAAGCAAUUCAACGAGAACCCUAUCGGAACAGACUUCGAUCCCAAGGAACUGAUCAGACGAUUGAAUUCUGGGGAGGACCAUGCGUCAAUCAAGAAGCGUGUGGAAAUUGGUCCUCGGGCGCUGCCGGUGCAUUAA